GCGGAGCCGGGCGCCAAGGGGCGCGCCAGUAGCUGCGCGGACGCUGGGAGGGAGUCCGGGGCCCGGUUCCGGGCGGCUCUGAGCGGGCUCUCGAGGCGUUCUCGCCUCGGUCUCUGUCCGGUGCACAGAUCAAAAGCAGCAUGGAUCUGCCUGUGGAUGAGUGGAAAUCAUACUUGCUUCAAAAGUGGGCUUCACUCCCGACGUCUGUUCAGGUCACAAUUUCUACAGCAGAGACCUUGAGGGAUAUCUUUCUUCACUCCUCUUCACUUCUUCAACCUGAGGAUGAGCUAUUUCUAAAAAGACUUUCUAAAGGUUACUUGGUGGGAAAGGACUCAGACGCUCCCCUUUUCUACAGAGAAGAAGGAAACAAAAAAUUUCAGGAGAAAGAUUACACAGGAGCUGCAGUGCUGUACUCUAAGGGAGUGUCACAUUCAAGGCCUAACACUGAGGACAUGUCACUGUGUUAUGCUAACCGCUCGGCAGCCCUCUUCCACCUGGGUCAGUAUGAGACAUGUCUUAAAGACAUUAACAGAGCACAGACGCAUGGGUAUCCAGAAAGGUUGCAACCCAAGAUCAUGUUACGUAAAGCAGAAUGUCUGGUGGCCCUGGGGAGACUACAGGAGGCAAGCCAGACCAUCAGUGAUCUUGAAAGGAACUUCACAGCCACAGCAGCCCUAGCCGAUGUCCGCCCUCAGACUCUGCAGAGAAACCUCCGUCAUCUGAAAAUGAAGGUACAAGAAAAGGACAAUCUCACAGAAACCUUCCCAGCAGCUCUGGCCAAAACCCUUGAGGAUGCGGCACUAAGGGAAGAGAAUGAACAACUUUCCAGUGCCUCAUCAUCCAUCGGCUUAUGCGUAGAUCCUUUAAAAGGUCGCUAUCUCGUUGCCACAAAAGAUAUUCUCCCAGGAGAGCUGCUGGUGAAGGAGGAUGCUUUUGUGAGUGUUCUCAACCCAGAAGAACUGCCACCACCGCCUCACGGCCUAGACAGCAAAUGGGACACCAGAGUCACCAACGGGGACCUCUAUUGUCACCGAUGUUUGAAGCACACUUUGGCCACAGUUCCGUGUGACAGAUGCAGUUAUGCCAAGUAUUGCAGCCAGGAGUGUUUGCAGCAGGCCUGGGAGCUCUACCACAGGACAGAAUGUCCUCUGGGGGGACUGCUUCUCACACUGGGUGUCUUUUGCCACAUUGCCCUGAGGUUGACUCUUUUGGUGGGAUUUGAGGAUGUUCUCAAAAUCAUAACGAAGCUUUGUGAUAAGAUUAGUAACAAGGACAUCUGUUUACCCGAAAGCAACAAUCAGGUCAAGACACUUAACUAUGGCCUAGGGGAGAGUGAGAAAAACGGCAACAUCGUUGAGACCCCAAUUCCUGGAUGCGAUAUUAAUGGGAAAUAUGAAAAUAAUUAUAAUGCUGUCUUCAACCUUUUGCCCCACACUGAAAACCACAGCCCAGAGCACAAAUUCGUCUGUGCUCUCUGUGUUUCUGCACUGUGCAGACAGCUACAAGCAGCCAGUUUACAGGCCAUCCCAACUGAGAGGAGUGUGAACUCCUCUCAGCUUAAAGCAGCAGUGACACCUGAGCUGUGUCCUGAUGUGACUAUUUGGGGAGUGGCAAUGCUGAGACAUAUGUUACAGCUGCAGUGCAAUGCUCAGGCGAUGACCACCAUACAACACACAGGUAAGGGGGAAACUGACGCUCAGGUGAUGACCACCAUACAACACACAGGAUCUAAAGGGAGCAUCGUUACCGACAGCAGGCAGGUGCGCCUUGCCACAGGCAUCUUCCCUGUUAUCAGCCUCCUGAACCACUCCUGUAGCCCCAACACCAGCGUGUCCUUCAUUAGCACUGUCGCCACCAUCCGGGCGUCACAGCGGAUUAGAAAGGGGCAAGAGAUUCUCCACUGCUAUGGGCCUCACAAGAGCCGGAUGGGGGUUGCCGAAAGGCAGCAGAAGCUGAGGUCUCAGUAUUUCUUUGACUGCACCUGUCCAGCUUGUCAAACUGAGGCACACAGGAUGGCUGCAGGGCCCAGGUGGGAAGCAUUCUGUUGCAACGGUUGCGGAGCACCCAUGCAGGGAGAUGACGUGCUGCGCUGUGGCAGCAGAUCUUGUGCAGAAUCCGCCGUCAGCAGGGACCACCUGGUCUCUCGGUUACAGGACCUUCAGCAGCAGGUCAGAGUGGCCCAGAAGCUUCUCAGAGAUGGUGAACUAGAGCGUGCCAUUCAGCGGCUGUCGGGGUGCCAGCGUGAUGCCGAGAGCUUCCUGUGGGCAGAACACGCCAUGGUGGGAGAGAUCGCGGAUGGCCUGGCCCGGGCCUGUGCUGCCUUAGGAGACUGGCAAAAGUCAGCCACCCAUUUACAGAGGAGUCUCCGCGUGGUGGAGGUUCGCCACGGGCCGUCCAGUGUUGAAAUGGGCCAUGAGCUCUUCAAACUGGCCCAGAUCUUUUUCAAUGGGUUUGCAGUACCCGAAGCCCUGAGCACCAUACGGAAAGCUGAAGAGGUUCUGUCGCUGCACUGUGGCCCAUGGGAUGAUGAAAUCCAGGAGCUCCAGAAGAUGAAAUCCUGUUUGUUGGACCUACCACCCACCCCUGUAGGGCCUGCAGUGUAGGGUCCCAGGAGGAUUUUGACCCACAGGAAAGGAGCCCAUGGAACACAAGUUAAAGAGGUUUUGCUGGCCAGGCGUGGUGGCUCACACCUGUAAUCCCAGCACUUUGGGAGGCCAAGGCAGGCGGAUCACCUGAUGUCAGGAGUUCGAGACCAGCCUGGCCAACAUGGUGAAACCCCAUCUUUACUAAAAAUACAAAAACCUAGCCGGGUGUGGUGGCGG